AUGAAGACAACUACAUUGGUCAGUGCCAUCACUAACUUUGGCCUGAUCAGCGCCGUCUCGGCCAUCAGGCUCCCCAACGAUCUUGCAGAGGCAAUCUGCGGUGACCUCGGCGUUAUGAGCGUCACCGACCUCCCUGAGGGCGUCGAUGCCGAUGCGGUCCGGAUAUGCAAGGAGCACCCGGAGGGUGUCAAUGUCAUGGAGACGACCCUCGACAAGCGCGACUGCUGGUUUGGCAACUCUCUCGGCUGCAGUCAUAUAACAAUGGAUUUGGGGACUGGGUUAGGUGCAAGAGCGUCAGCGACUGUAGUCGCGAGGAUCAGUGUGGUGCCGGUGAUUGCAAGGCAUGUGGAUGCAGCUGCUGAGCGGGGAAUACGAGCGUAG